UUUGAUUGACUUUGCACCGCAAAAUGACGCAGAUCUGGAGGCCGACCUUGAACUUGGAUGGACACGCGACGAUGGCGUUCCAGAUAUUGCCCCCUUCACUGGGGAAUCGAGAUUGCUCGUCGACAUGGACUCUACAGAGCCUAUUGACUUUUUUCAUUUAUUUAUUGACGAUGAAUUUAUAUUAAAAGUGACAUUAGAAACCAACAAGUACGCUGAUAACCGGCUAGUAAUGAUGGAGGCCGCCAACAACUUGAAGCCUCACAGCAGAAUGCGGAAGUGGGUUGCUGUGACAGUUGAUGAGAUGAGGUCUUUUUAGGUGUCGUCAUAAGUAUGGGCCCUGUCUACAAACCAGACCUUGGGACAUAUUGGAGUACGGACACGUCUACUGAGACACCAUUAUUCAGCAAGACCAUGCCCAGAGACUGAUGCAUGGCCAUUCUCAGCAAUUUCCAUGUUACCAAUGAUGUGGACCAUAAUGACCCUCUGUCCCGAAGCCGGCCGUUGAUUGCUCAGGCUAUGGCAAAGUUUUCCGACGUCUACUCCCCUGAGCAGAACCUGAGUUUUGAUGAAGGGACGUGUCCAUGGAAGGGCCGACUAAAAAUCAAGGUGUACUACCCAGCCAAACCUGUCAAGUUUGGAAUCAAGCUCUUCCAGCUUUGUGAAGCCAGCAGUGGCUACUGCCUUGGCUUUGAUGUAUACGCCGGGAAACGGAACGAGACUAACACAAACUAUUGUGAAGCAUUAGGUAUAGACCCAGAUCGCCUUACAAUCACUUCGCAAUAUGUGCUUGGCCUGAUGGCUAGGUGUGGAACUUUAGGUCAUGGCCAUCAUGAGUAUAUGGAUAAUUUCUACACAUCUCCAGAACUGUUUGAUGAACUUGAGGAACAUGGCACCUACUCUUGUGGAACAUUACGGGCAAACAGACUCAGUGUACCGAAGCUGUCCAGCAAACGCGUAAGCUUGCCGACUAUGAGUGCGUCUACCGCAAGAAUGGGGCCACUACAGCAUUGAGAUUCCAUGAGAAGCGAGAUGUCACUAUGCUGACAAAUAUUCAUCCCCUACAAAUGAGUGUGUUAUGGAAGACCAAGUAUGGGACUCGUGAGCAAGUGAAGAAGCCUACAUGUAUUGUUGAGUACUGUAAGCACAUGGGUGGGGUAGAUUUGCUUGACCAGUACAACCAGUACAACUCCAUUGCCCACAAAACAAAAAAGUGGUGGCACAAACUCUUUUUUCAUAUCAUGAACAUUUGUUUGGUGAAUUCAUACAGACUGUAUGAGAAGUUUACCACAAACCAGCCAAAGAAGGACCAUGAGAGCUUCCGCCAGUCAGUCCUCGAAUCCUUGAUUGAAGAAGGCGGUGGUCCCAGAGGACAAUCGGUCAGACGCGGGCGCCCUGUCCUUGGUGAGACGCCUUCACGAUUGACUGGAAGACACUUCUCUGACUUCAUCCCUGCUAAAGCUGGGGCAAAGAGAGGCAGGCCCCUCAGAGACUGUGUGGCUUGUAAUGUCAAGGUAGAGAACCGGGUUGGUUUCAAGCGGCAACAGACAUCUUUCUGGUGCCCUGACUGUAAAGUGGCAUUGUGCCAUCCACGAUGCUUUCAAGUGUAUCAUUCCGUUCAGGACUAUAAGAAUGUUCUGAUUCAGUGACUUUGUCAAUAACAAAUGAAAAAAGAUGUGUACAAGGUGUGACUGUGAAUGGAAAUCUGAACAGAAGAACUGUGUAUAACUGUUUUUGUAUAUAUUGAAAAUUUUGAAGGUAUAAUAUGCCAUUUGUGUAACAUUGUUUACAUUAUUUAUUUAUUUAUCUAUUUAAUUAAAUAUUUAUUUAUUUAUGUAAUUAGUUUGUUUUAUACUUGUAAAAGAGCAUUUGAAUCUAUUAGAACUCCUAAAAAACUGAAUGCAGUGAUUUUUGUUAUGCCUGAAAUUUCGGCAAGAUUCUAAGCUCACCUAUAAUUAGUUUACCUGUAAUUUCAUACAGUAAGUAAUGAAUUUUUACCAAAAUAUUGUUCUGUACUGUUAUAAAUUGCUUAUUUACUGUAUUUUUAAC